ACAUUUGACUAAAUCACUUCUACAUUGAAGUGAUAAAAUAAAGCGAGAGUCCGGUAAAAAGACGACGUUGUCGACGAGGAAUUACUGAGCCAAACCCGUCGAAGAGCUCGCUCGGACGCGUCAACGUUUGAUUUAACGCGUUUGCUUUGCCAAGCUUUCAUCACCAAAAGGCCACGGAAUCACAUGACACACCCCACCAUGGAUGUUGAAUUCAUCCAGCUUUGCCUCGGCCCCCUCGAUAUACAUGAUGGAGACAUCUAUCUCGAGGGCCUCGAGGUGGACAGCUAUAGAUCCAUGUCCAAUGAUUUCUGGGCUGGCUACCUCAGCGGAGCCAUUGGAAUUGUAAUCGGAAAUCCCCUCGACCUGGUGAAGACCCGUCUUCAGGCAGGGCAGGCCGCCCCCGGAUCACUGCGAUCUCCCCAGGGGUUUAGGAGCCAUUUCGACACUGCGAGUUCUCUCGUUCGAGGCGCAACCGCACCGAUCCUUGGAUAUGGCGCCCUCAAUGCGAUUCUCUUCGUUGCCUAUAACCGGACCUUGACGGGUAUAGUCUCGCAGCCCGUACCUGACCCCACUAACCCUGUAGGCGUUCCGCUGUAUCAGAUAUGGGUUGCGGGUGCUGUCGGUGGACUUGCGAGCUGGGUCAUAUCCUCGCCGACCGAGUUGGUAAAGUGCCGAGCGCAGCUUGCUUCCCACCAAUCGAUAUCGUCAUGGACUGUGACGAAGGAUAUUUGGAGAAGACGAGGAUUUAGGGGACUAUAUUACGGAGGGGGAGUUACGAGUAUCCGAGACUCGGUGGGAUAUGGGUUCUAUUUCUGGUCCUACGAACUAUGCAAGCGCCUCAUGACAAGCCCCGACGAAAGCUCUGAACAAACAGCGGCCAAAAUCCUUAUUUGCGGCGGCAUCGCCGGCAUUGUCACUUGGGCUUCUGUAUUCCCGCUAGAUGUUAUUAAGACACGGCUACAGGCACAGGGUUCGGCGAGCUCGCUUCUUCCCGGCGUUUCGACCGAGAGACAAAAUCUGCUACGACCUUCCGGGAACGAUGGACGUAUACUGAGUACUCUGGGGAUAGCAAAGGAGGCAUAUCGCACUGAGGGCCUCAGGAUAUUCUACCGUGGUUUGGGCGUGUGUAGCUUGAGAGCGUUUAUUGUAAAUGCUGUACAGUGGGCGACGUACGAGUGGAUGAUGAAAUUCCUCAAACAUCCUGGCAGUGCAUCGUUGAUGGAAUGAAACAUGAGAUAUGGUCGUCUCCUCAAUGAAUUGUUUCAUGAAUAUAUAAGUGACAUAGAUGUCUAUAUGUUUUGAUGAUCUUGCAUGUUCGCUGGAUUUUGGAAAAAUAUAUUCGAGAUAUAUUUAUAUAUAACUGGUUGCCUCGCAAAAAGAAAAAUCAACCCACACUGUUUUGCUUAACCCGUAGUCUAUAUUAUUAGACCAUCUGUCCCUGUGGGUUACCCUUGAUAACUCCAUGACUCCAAGAACCAAUUUCCCGAAAUUCUCCUCCGUAUAUAGCCUCCUCAGAUCACCCAUGAUCAAAGCGGCCUAAUAAUUAUGCUCCAUGGUAAUGGCCAGCAAGCGAAAGGAGAAGAUGUGCCCCUCCCCCGUGACUAUGCCAACCAGAGGCUGGCUAUUCCGUUUGGGAGGUGUAAAGUCGCCGACCAUAUUCU